ACGAUAUCUGCCAGCCACCACAAUGCAAUUGGACUUUCAGUAGAUUUCUCUUCUUGGUUUAACUAGAUAUUAUUGUAGUCUCUCAAACAGUAGCAUGUGUUCAUCAAUCGGGAGUGUGACUAGUCCAGAUGCCGUAGUUGCGUCAUGCUUCAGUCAGCCAAUGAAUGUGUUAUAGUUUUUUAUAUAUUAUGUUAUAGUGUUAUAUAACAUUAUAGUGUUCGCCCAAUUAUAUAUUAGAGAGUUUUCGUACAUCGUACGCUAUCCCUUACGUGCGUAAAAGUGACAGCGUACGAUUCUUCUGUGCUGUGUGCCAGUUUAAAUUGCUGCGAUAUGUCUACACCCCCUUAAAGUAUACAAUACACAUGCACAUUUCGUUCAGAUCACUGCCCCGUUUGCGAGUGACAUUUGGUGCUUCGAACGUUUGUACUGCUUUCAGACAGUGUUGUUGACCCCAGCUAGUUGACGUACCGCUACCGACACGUGCUGUCGUUUUCCCAAUUUUCUUCUGUUGCCUUCUUUCUAGACCUCCAGGCGACGCUCGAAAUUGCCACUUCGACAUGGGACUGCGCGCCCCACAGACACAAAUUAUCUACUAUGUCCUUACUCGUUACACUUUACCACACCCACUGCGCAUCCAUAUCCUCGCAAGCCGCGCGCCGCGCCGCGCAGGUCGCAAGGCAGAACGCAGAACAUUCCCCCACAAGGGAACCACGCCCGCGUCAUGAUCUAAUCACGUGCACAGCAUGUGUUGUUCCCACUCCAGCUGUCCGACUCCAAACACAGCCACCGGCUGCCGUGCAUUGCGCUGUACCACAUCUGCCGCAAUUUGCAUUCCUGUUAUUUGACGCUCAAAAUGCUAAUUUCAGAUUGAGGUAAUCAAAAAUGUAAAAGAAACGAUUUUGUCACAACAGUGAUCUCCGUUAUUUGACAAAUUUCUCUCCAUCCUCUGAGUGGAUCUGCUGCAGGGUGCCAUGGCAACAACACGUCAUCCGGGAGAGCGAUCGGAUUGGCUGUGAAUGGGAGAGUGGCCCAUAUUAGCCAAUCCGCGGCUGCUUCUGCCGUCCGGGCCUUCAUUAUAAGCAACAGUAAACGUGUACACAGUACGGGCAGUACGAGUACGUGGUGCAGAGUAAGCGUUGUCUUCAGUGCUUACUGAUACCGCCAUAUUCCUUGUCUUCCGGAUCUUUUGAUCUUAACUGAACGCCACUCACAAUGGAGACAACGAAGGUUGCGUUGCAGAAAAUAAGCAAAGAUGAGACUAUACGUCUCCGGGAAACGUACAUUGGGACGUCUUGCACGGUAUUCUUCAAAAACGAUGGUCCACUCAAGAUUGUCCAGGGCAGAGGCCAGUACAUGUAUGAUGAGAUGGGCAACGAGUACUUGGAUUGCAUUAACAACGUUGCACACGUCGGCCAUUGCCACCCCCACGUUGUCAAGGCUGGCUCGGAGCAGAUGGCAAAUCUCAGCACAAACUCUCGUUACCUGCAUGACAAUUUGGUCUUAUACGCUCAAAGAAUCACAAAUUAUUUCCCCAACAAGCUCUCUGUGUGCUACUUUGUCAACUCUGGGUCUGAGGCUAAUGACUUGGCAUUGAGACUUGCGCAGGCUCACACUCAGAAUAAAGAUGUCAUUUGUCUUGAUGGUGCAUACCAUGGUCACCUCACGUCAACAACUGCCAUCAGCCCUUACAAGUUCAGUCACAUUCGGGGAUACAAGAAAAAGAAGUCUGUGCAUGUGGCUCCACUGCCAUGCACCUACAGGGGAAAAUACAAGGCAGAUGACCAUCAUGGAAAAGACAUUGGCCUUUUGUAUGCAAAUGAAGUGCAGAACAUUAUUAACAGCAUUCAUUCUGCUGGACGCUCCGUUGCAGCUUUUAUUUGUGAAUCGCUCGUUAGCUGUGGUGGGCAGUUUCCUCUUCCAGAGAACUACAUGAGGAAUGUUUACAACUAUGUACGCAAUGCCGGUGGAGUCUGUAUCGCUGAUGAAGUGCAGACUGGAUUUGGACGUAUUGGUGAACACAUGUGGGGCUUUCAACUCCAAGGAGAAGAUGUCUGCCCAGACAUUGUGACUUUGGGUAAACCUAUUGGUAAUGGCCAUCCCAUUGCAAUGGUUGUGACUACAAGAGACAUUGCCACAAGCUUCGAAAACUUGGGAGUGGAAUAUUUCAACACGUAUGGCGGCAACCCUGUCUCCGUGGCUAUAGCUUCUGCGGUGCUCGAUGUCAUCGAGCAGGAGAACCUGCAACAACAUGCGAAAGAAGUCGGUGACUAUCUCAUAAAUUCGCUCAAAGAAUUGCAGAGCAGGCAUCCAUUGAUUGGAGAUGUUCGUGGCUGCGGGCUCUUUGUGGGGGUAGAACUCGUACUUGACAGACACACAAAGGAACCGGCAACCGAAGAAGCUCAGCACCUGUCACUGAAGCUGAAAGAACAGCACGUUCUUCUAAGCACAGAAGGCAAAUACGGUAACGUCCUCAAGUUCAAGCCACCAAUGGUAUUCACGAAAAAGAAUGUUGACGAUGUUGUGGCCAAGCUCAACGUUUUGCUCGGUAACAUCGAGAAAGCAAGGGGACUGACGUAUUCGUUGACGUGUAUCUCUGCCGCUCUCGCGGGCAGUGCCGAUUCCCUCACUGAAUCCGAUUCCACGGGGCCCUUCGAAGACUUGACAUCGGAUGGAGAGUUGUCGUCUGCCUCGUCAAUCGAAAUGCCCGAUAAUCGGCCACUCUCUUCUUGCUGACAGAGGACACGCGUGCUUCACUGUGUCAGUAACUUAUUUUAUAUUUAGAGACAGUCGUAGAAUUGUUUCUAAAUUUCUCUUUUAGCUGGUAGCCAGCUGUGGUUUUUAACAGAUUUUAUUUCUGUCAUUGUAAUGCAUGACCUUUGCAUGAUCGUACAAACUCUGCACAUUAUGCUAUUAAAACAUAAUAAAAUAUGCAGUUUUACUUA